GUGACAAUGCCCAGAGAUGCCUUACAUAUUGGAGGUGUCGAGCACCGAGAAUUACAUAAUGCCUAUGGAUAUUACUUUCACAUGGCUACUAUGGAUGGGCUUGUAAAGCGAGGAGAUGGGAAAGACAGGCCUUUUGUUCUGUCUAGAGCAUUUUUUCCUGGAAGCCAAAGGUAUGGAGCAGUUUGGACGGGAGAUAACAUGGCAGAGUGGGAACACCUCAGGGUUUCAGUUCCAAUGAUUUUGACACUUGGUCUUACUGGAUUGACAUUCUCUGGCGCGGAUGUUGGUGGGUUCUUUGGAAAUCCCGAGGUGGAGUUGUUAGUUCGCUGGUAUCAGAUAGGUGCCUACUAUCCUUUCUUUAGAGCCCAUGCCCAUCAUGACACCAAAAGACGAGAACCUUGGUUAUUUGGAGAGCGAAAUACAGAACUCAUGAGGGAAGCCAUACAUGUUCGUUAUAUGUUGCUCCCAUAUUUCUACACAUUAUUCAGAGAGGCAAACACUACUGGUGUUCCAGUUAUGCGUCCACUUUGGAUGGAGUUCCCUUCUGAUGAAGCUACUUUCAGCAAUGAUGAAGCCUUCAUGGUUGGAAGCGGUCUCUUGGUGCAGGGGAUAUUUACUGAGCGAGUGAAACAUGCAUCGGUAUAUUUGCCUGGUGGACAAUCAUGGUAUUGCCUGAAUUCUGGGACUGCAUACAAGGGAGGCACAACCUAUAAGGUUGAGGUUUCAGAUGAUGGCGUUCCUGCUUUUCAAAGGGCUGGAACCAUCAUACCAAGGAAAGAUCGGUUUCGCCGAAGCUCCACCCAGAUGGCAAAUGAUCCUUACACUCUGGUGAUAGCUCUUAAUAGUACCCAGGAAGCCGAAGGUGAACUCUAUGCUGACGAUGGCAAGACCUUUGAUUUUGCACAAGGAGCUUUCAUACACCGGCGCUUUGUGUUCUCCAAUGGGAAGCUUACAUCUUCAAACAUGGCACCUUCUGCCCUUGGCAAAACCCAAUUUUCCUCGGACUGCGUUGUUGAGAGGAUCAUACUACUAGGAUACUCCCCGGGACCAAAAAGUGCCUUAAUUGAACCGGCAAACCAGAAGGCUGAUAUUGAACUUGCCCCACUUUACCUUCGAAAGAGGCACAGCCCAACUGUUCUCACCAUCCGCAGACCUAAUGUCCGUAUUGCAGAUGAUUGGACAAUUAAAAUUUUGUAAGGAUGGACUUGUGGUUUUUCUCAAUUUUUAGCGCGUAAUAGGUGAUAAAAAAUCAGGUGUUCCAUCUUAUGGAUUUUGUUAUAAGAAUGGUUGAGUUCCUUGGUUUUAUACACUAGUAUUAUAUUUAAUUGUGCAAUUUCAGUGAACUCAUAUACCAACUUCAAAAGAAUAAUUUUGGUGACCUGUUUGGAGUUGAAA